CGUCGUUUUCGGUUAGUGGUCAUGAACUAAGUUUCGUGAAAUUUGACAACUUCUGCGAAGGGAAACAGAGUCGAGUGAUUGUAAUAUUUCGUUGUGAACUCUACGAUCCAUAAAGUUGGAUCCGUUCGAGAUGAAACGAUUAUCCCGGCUCUUUCUUCAAAUCUUGUUCCUGGCCUCGAUCGCAGCCUCGAGUUUAUCAGCGUCGGCGAGGCCUCGGGGGAAGAAGAAGGUCGCCAAGGAGGUGAAAGACGCCAACAUAUGCGAGAUAAAGGGGAUGCAGGCCCCCAUGUAUUGCUAUUGCAACAACAACGAGUUGAGGAACGCCACGGAUGCCACUUGCGUCAUAUUAAACCCGUUCACGAGCAACGAUCCGACGUGGAACAACUUCGACUCGCAAAUCUACCUGCAAAAGCUCAAGUUCGUAGUUCGUACGCCCAACGGAUUGGAUUACGUACCCGUCCAGUUGUUCACCCUGCUCAACAACUUGCAAAUCAUCACGAUUCAGGACGCGAGCAUCAACGAACUCGCGGAAUACGCGUUUUCAAACCUGCCUGUGAUCACCGAUAUCAAUUUGAGCAGGAACUCCAUUUCGACCCUCAGGAUGCACGCGUUCGAGAAUAUGAAAAAUCUAACGAUCGUUUAUCUGAACGAGAACAGGAUCACCGAGAUAAAUAGGGACGUAUUCGUCAAUCUGCCUUCCAUGAAGAAUCUCUAUCUGAACGAGAACAACAUCAACACGUUACACGACAAGGCGUUCAAGCAUCUCACCUCUCUCAAGGAACUGGACCUGUCCAGCAAUCAGAUAAAGGUGAUCACCGCGGACAGUUUUCACGGGUUAACGAGUUUGGUCAGUUUGAAUCUGCGGGGCAAUUUAAUAGCCAUGAUCGGUGAUCGAACGUUCGUCGAGAUGCCCUCGUUGACGGAAUUGGAGCUGGAUCAGAACGAGAUCAAAUACAUCACGGAGAAAGCGUUGGACGGAAUGAGGAACCUGAAGCAACUCACGCUCAGCGAGAACGAGUUGGUAACUCUCGAGCCGGAUUUCCUGGCCGGGGCACCAGCCGUGUACGUGCUCAAUUUGAGGGACAAUAAACUCAAGACCAUGACCUUCGACAAUAUCAAGCCCAUCGUCACCAACUUGUACAACACCACCAGUCAUUUCUAUCUCAGCGGCAAUAAACUGAUCUGCGAUUGCAAACUAGCGUGGAUCUGGGGUCUCAGGAACGAGACGAAGAACGUAAAGCUGCGGGACUCUCUGGAGGAGCUUACUUGCUUCUUGGAGAGCAAUAACGCAACGCUGAAGAACAACAAGGAAGAUCUGGAAUGGAACGAGGCGCUCGAAAAUGCACGAAACACAGAGGAAUAUCGGAGCGGGAAUUCGAGAGACGGCAGUAUCGAGGACGAUGACGCUUACAUGGGCGACGAGUACGAGAGUAAAGAUGGAUACGAGGAUUCUUCCUCGAAUUCCGAUUUUCAACCAAAGGUACAGAUGGUGGAGGGUAAGCUGUGCUACGUGAAGAACCUGUUCGAGCUGAAACUGGAGGAGCUUCCGUGCCCGGAGCCCUCGAGGGAGGAUCUCAUGGCGUCCGAGCAACCUUCGAGUCGGCACGAGAACGCUCGCGUCGGUUCCUCGGGUUCCAUAUGGUUCUCAUCCUCGGCCGCUCUUAUUCGCCUUCACCCGUCCGUCCUUUUGUACUCUCUUCUCCCGCUCCUAUCGGUCCUGUUCACGUAGAACCGGCUUUGUUCGCCACCAACGAGCAGAUCGCCGGAAGGACGGCCAUCCGUCUCCGAGAGAAAGGACGGUUCUCGAUAUCUCGAUACGUAAAUACCUGCAUAAUCGAAUCGUGCGAGGUGUGUAUCGUCGCGCGUGUCCCCGCACGGAAAAUCAAAAUUUUAUGCUUUUACGCUCUUUCCAUCGGUUGGCUAACGCGGGAUAGAAAUAGUUUCUCCACAAGUUUUUCAAAUAAACGCGAAAAAGAUUCCAAGACUUUUUUAGAAUUCGAUCGAUCCGAGAUUGUUACAGAUUAUUAUAGAGUGUUUAAAUUAUUAUACGCGUAUUAUACAAUCCUUGGCGCGAUCACGAUUCAAGAGCAUCGUUAGAAUUUUGAAUAGAAAUGGAUGGACGGUCGAAGGAGCAUAUCACCGAUCCUAGUUUCCUAGCGGAAGAGGAGGGAGCGAACGAUGGUUCUGACCCACCACCUUGCGAGGACACGCCGAAAACACGUCGUCGGAUGUGGAAACGGAAUUAUCGAACGUCGAUUCCGCCGGAUCUACGAUAUAUCGAGAUGAUAAAAACACCAAAAUUGUUCGAUUCCCGUUUUUCUAUAAGCGCAACUUAUCUCGUUAUCAACGGUCGCGUACGUUUACAAGGCUGCUUAUAACUGCCAUUUUUCAUUCGUAAUUUCGUAUAUUGUUAACUUUUCGCGCGCGAUUUUUCUUAUUAACUCGCCCGACGUUAAACAAGUAAAUUGUAAAUACGCCCGUCAGAAACGGUCUUCGUGCGUUCUUAAGAGAGAGAGAAAAAAAAAAAAAAUUGUAAAAUAAACCUACGCUCCUUCUUUUAUACUUUUACACGGACUAAUCUAAUAUCAAGGAUCGAAAUUUACCAAGUUGCGACGAAUAUCAUUUAACGAAACGUUUAGCCAUUAGUGAAAAUCGUGAAAUCGAUCGUUUCGUGCAACUCGAUAUUUUUAAUUAAUUAAUUAAAAGAGGUAGGGAAAAUGUUGGGAAAAUAGCGAUAAUAAGUUUCAUUUCGAAUUCUAUCCAUAAAAUUUCUAUCCAUAAAAUUUACGCGUUAAAUAAAAAAAAUUUCAAAUGGAUAAUCAGCAAAAUUUAGCGAUGUCGAUCGAGUGUGAAUUCGCAAAUAGAAAUAGAAACGAGACUCGUAUCGCGAUCGAUUUUAGGAUAAGGGAAAAAAUAUAAAUCCUACCAAGAUUUGUUCGUUUCAUCGAUCACAAGGUAACGUUGUAAUCGAUUAAUUUAAUUACACAUAUCAUCAAGGAAUUCCCAGAAAACGAGGGGAGGGUGGGUGGAGGAGAAUAAAUCAAAAAUUCCAUCAAUAAUCCAAUAUUUCCAAUUCACCGAAAAUAUUACUCGCGAUUAUACAGAAUGUUCAGAAUAUAUUCGUGGAACGUGUUCGAAGGAUCGAUUUCAGAGAAAUAAACGCAAAAGUUGAUAUUUUGCAAAGAUUUUUGGGCACGUUUAUUAAGUUAUAGGUAAUUUAAAUACUUAUAACUUAAUAACAAAUAAGCGUCGAUCGAGCAUUUUUGUACUUUUUCAACUUUUGUGUUCGUUUCGAUCUGCCAGAGAUCGACGAAAGAUGUCCCACUUGUGUAUCAAUCAACGCUUUGUAAAAAUCAAUAUAUCUACUUGCAUCUUUCCAUUUUCACGAAGACUCUUCUGACCGAAUCUAAUUCAUCGUCGUUUAACACCGUUCCAAACGUUUCCCUAAAUACAACACACGCGCGCGCACGUAUAAUAUAUAUUAAAAUUGUUUGAACGAGUCGACAAUUUCUGAUCAGCCGCAUCCUCGCGAGACUCUCGGAAGUUGAGCGGAAACGGAAAUUGAUCGUGAAUACGAAGCUUACGAGUCAAUUCCCCGUGCAAUCGCGUUGAUUUUACCGUUAUGGAUUCCUUUUCUAUUCAUCCGUUGAUCGACCAAUAUUUAAUCCUAUUAAUUACCAUAGGAUCAAAUAUCGAUGAUUCUCUUUACCGAGGGAACCGAGAAACUAAUCUCUAAUCUAAAGAUUUAAGUAUCGAGCCGCUUGAUAUAUCGAUUAUCCUCAGUUUCAUUUCUAUCUACCAAUGCCAUUAAUCCAUCGAAUCGUUCGCGACUUUUCACGAUUUAUUCCUUUCAUUCGUGAAUAUCGAUCGAUCGAUCGAUACAAGUACCUAAUAAUCACAGACGAUUGAUCGUCGAACAAAUCGUUGUCGACGUUUCGCUAGUCAAGACGCGUUAUCGUAGUGUUCGGAUUCUAAUUAGCGUUGAACGAAAGGAAGUGAUUGGCGAUAGAGUAGCAAGCAGGAACGAAAGAAAAAAAGAAAACGCAAAAAUUGAUCUUUGUUUUUUUAUAAUCGGUUUAAAAAAGAAAAAGAAAAAUCGUAAAUAUCGAAGAAUCUAAAAAGAAAAAAAAAAUCUGUCAAAGAAGAAAUUUCAAAUUUUGAUUCGAAUAGCUAAUAUCUUCGCUGCUAAAUCCUCGACUCGCGAUCGAAUGCAAUUUUCAACGUUUAGAAUCUAAUUCCCUAAGCGUGUUUCGAGAGGUUGGCGCGGUUUACGCGACAUUCAAUCGCUAAAUUGGCGCGGUCUCGAGUUUUUUUUUCGAAAGAAGGAGGGAGGGAAGGAGGGAUGAUGCGGCUUCUCUUCGUCUCCGUCAAGCCUCCUUCUUUGGCCAACUGGCUUAAUUACGCCCCUAAUUGAACGUCAGACAAUCGAGGGAAAGAAGAAAAAAAGCGAGUGAAUUGGUCGUUCGCGACGAUACACAGCGAAUUUUCUUUUUUUCUUUUCCUUUUAGAGCCGCGGAGAGCAAACGAAAAGAUAAAGGAACCACGAAAAAAGAAAAAGAAAGAACUUUUUUCGUCUUUUUUUAAAUAUCGUAUCAUAGGAAAACAGUGUUCUUGGUAAAUUGGACGAAUACCUCUCUGUUUCGCUUUUUUCGACUCCUCUUCCGAGUGCCAUCUUUUGCCUCUCAACUUAUAUUAUUCGUAAAUAGUUAAGUUUUAUCGAGAAUCGAGGAAAGCAGAAUAAUUCAAAUUUCUUUUCCGUUCGUUUUCUAAAAGAGCCGCUGCGAUAUCGUAAGAAAUUUUUACAUUUCAAUUACCUUUCAAUUACGUAAAGUAAACGUAGUAGGACAGAGAUAUCUUUGUUAUUUAUUACGACAAAAUGUUCGAACAUUCAAGAUCUCGUUACAAUUUAUAUAUUCUAAAAAAAAAAAAAAAAAUAGAAAACCAAAGAUAUAAAAUUAUCGAAAAGAUAUCCAAUCCCUCGACUCGUAUUAUUCAUAGAUUUUUCUCAAAAUUCGUGAUUGUAAAUUACGUCUAAAUUUAUUUUCUAAUUAAGUAAAUUUACUAAUUUGAAAUACAUCCCUCUCCUAAAAAGCAAAAAAAAAAAUCGAGGAUUACACGCACGAUUGAAAAAAAAAAACACGUAAAAAUAAAAUUUUUUUGUUAUUCCUCUUUUUUUUCUUUUUAUAUAUAUAUAUUUUAUAUUACGAUCCUGCCUCAUUUUUAUCAUAAAACUGCCAAACUAUCGAAACAAAAUUGGCGUCCAUGAUCAAAUCGUUUUUGAUAAUGAUGGACGACCGAGUAAUAACGUGGAAUAUCGCUUGCCCCGCGCGAUCUAGAAGAAAAAAAGAAGCAAAAAGUGGAAGAAAGUAGAAAAAUGGAGAAUUAUCGAUGAUGUUGAGAUUGUUUGUCAUAGUAUAUGCGUUAUUAUAUAUAUAUAUAUAUAUAUAUAUAUAUAUAUAUAUAUAUAUAGCAUCGCGAUAUACAAUAUAGUAUAUGAAUAGUCGGAUUGCAAAAUGACUUUGGCCGGAACGACGAAGUUGAUCAGUCGAUAGAAGAAAAAACAUGAUGAAAACGCACAUUGAAGACGUUUGUUAAUAUCGAUAUUACGAUCUGCUUCUUUUCACCACUAUUUUUUCUUUCAUUUAAUUUUUCUACGAAUUUUUUCAAAUUUAAGAUAUAAAUAAAUUAUCUUUCGAGUAAACGUUAUAUUUAAAUAAUUACCACACAUUAUCGCGUAGUAAUGGCUCUGAAAAAGAUAAUCUGAAAUUUAUUUGUUCUUUUCCUUUUAUUUCACAUAGCGUAAAAUAAAAAAAAAAAAAGAAAAACAGAGCGCGGAAUAAAAAAAUUAGAAAAAUAUUCCAUCUUUUUUCCAUCUUUCAUUUUUUCUUCUUUUUCAAACAGAUAAAAGAAAGUAAUUUAAAAGGAAUGAUUUAAACGGAAGUUGAUUCUUUUACCUUUGGAUAAUUUUGAAAUUGGAAUAAACGAGUGAAGCAGGAGAAUUUUACAAGUUUAACGAUAAAAUUGGAAAAAAAAAAAAGAAGGAAUAUCGUCCGUUUCCGUUCUGGAAACAAAAUUUAAUUAACAUAAUAAAUUAGACAUUAAUUAAAAUCAGAAUAAUAUUAAAUUAACUUCGUAAUAACGUUAUGAAAUUAAGUUCAAUUUACAAUCUUUCAUUAUACUUUAGCAAUCAUCUUUAAUAUCCAUUUUCUUUAAAUAUAAUAUAUAUAUAUACAUAUACGAAUAUAGUAUAUAUUGCGAUAAUUUGAUAAAAAAAAGAUCAUGCUAUAUUUUCGAUCGAUAUAAAGAUUCUCUACGGGGCAUGAAUCGCGAGAUCUCGAGUUAAGUUUUCAUCAAUCAUUCACUUAGGUCUCCUAGUUUAUUAGCUUAUCCUCUUUUUCAUACUCAUCUUUGGCGUUCUUCGUCGACUCGAUCGAAUAUCGUUAUUUAAGAAUCCCGUACGAUGAUAUUUUGUGGUACGACGUCUGUUGUAAAUAGAGACGCAUACACGCAUACACGAAGACAGAUAAAAGAGGUGAAAAAAAGAAACAAGUUAUAUAAAUAAUUAGAAAAAAGUAAAUUACGACGAGGCGAUCGAGUAAGAUAUUACAUUCGGAAUUGUCGCGUGCGCCACGUUAUUCCCUAGAAGAAAAGUUAAACUUAUUCGAAAAAUGCAUCUAUAGCUAUAAUUUAAUCCGUGUUUCACGUGUGCGUGGAGCGUUCUCGUUCUUCGAAUCGAGGAUAUAUAAAAGAUGUUUUAAAAAACGUUCCAAAUUUGUUCAAUAAUUCUCGAUAAGCAUAGGAUAUAAAAGAAAAAAAAAAAUAUAUAUAUAUAUAUAUAUCUCGUAAGUUAGGUUUAAGCACGAUUCUUAAUUAAGAGAAAUUUAAAAAAAAAAAGAAAAAUGUCUGUCUGUUUCUCUCUUUCUCUCUCCUGACACGCACAACGCGCGCCGGAAGCGUGCGCCAAUACGAAAUGCGUACACACAUACACCCAUAAUACACGCGCACACAUUGACACGCAUAUACACACGAAUCCUCUGGAAAAUAUUAAGCUCGUAGAGAUAAACCAAAGAUAAGAAAAGUUUGGUGUUAGUCGUUAAGAAAGCUCAUUAACACAAAACCGAAUAUUCAGUAUCCGCCUUUGAUCGAUCAUCAUCGUUUGAAAACAAGAUUAAUCGUCUGGAAACUCGAAACCAUUGGUGGAGGAGCGUUUCGUUGUUUCGAUCGAUGAGAGAGAAAAGAAAAAUAAAUAAUACAGCGUAAACACGUUUGACUCUCGUACGAUAGGCUUCUAAAGAGCUAAAGAGGAGUUGGACGAACGAACGAUGAUCCCUCAUUUUUUUAGAUAUACGUACACACGUGUAUGUAAAAUGGUGCGAAUUUUUCUUUCGUAUCAUCCGAAAAUAAGAAACCGUUCUAACAGCAAACGUAGCGAAAUCGUAGCAUUUUUCUAAUCGAAGAAUAAGAUCGUAUGUAAAUUUCGUUCUGUUUCGUCGUGACAUCGAGAAGAAAAGAGAGAGAAAAAUAAGAUAGACGAGCACGACGAAGCACAACGAAAUUUCGCGAUUUCCGUUUCUUUCUUUUUUUUUUUCAUUGUGCAUAAGAAUUACGGUAUUGAUCGUUGUUUCUGUACGUAAGAAAGGAGAAGAGACGAAGAAAAACAAUAAACGUCGAAUUUAUGAAUCAUACGUCAUGCAUCAUACGUGAGUGCAAGUACAUAUGUACACGGCCCAUUUCGGAUUUUCACUCGUGCAUCACAUACAAUGUUGUCAUUAUUGAUAAUUUUGCCGUAAUUAUUAUACAUAUAUACGUAUAGAUCAGCGUAAGGAAUACGCGCAUACGAGCUCUUUCUUCUUCACACCAAGUGAUUCUAAUUUUUAAGCUAAAAACACAUGGGCGUGAAUGCUCUAUGAUGUAAGUUCUAAGAUUUUGAAUAUUGUACUACUUAUUAUUAUUAUGGAUUCACAGUCAAGCCGUAAUAUGUAUUAUAUGUUCUUUUGUAAGAUCUAAA